AGUGACAUCCCCCCUCCCUCUUGUCUUCUAUCCCCCCGCUUUCCAGUUAGACACCAGCGCUUCCAAUCCCUCGCGCGGCCCACCCCGUAGUAAGAGAAGGGAAGGCGUGACACAACCAGGCAGCGGGCGAUCGCCUCCGGGCUGAGGCUUGGCUUCCUCCUCUCUCUUCCCGGAGAGAGAGAGAGAGGGAGGGAGGGAGAGCGGCGGAGAGGCACCUCCUGAGCUCGGCCGCCCCCUCUUCCUCCCCUGGCGCUCCCAUCCCGACCCUCCCGCCCGCCGCCCGCCUUGUCAUGCUGCCCAAAGUGGAGACGGAAGCCCUGGGACUGGCCCGAGCGAAUGGGGAGCUACGCGGGCAGAGGCCGGACAACAUGCAAGUGUCUCAGUUUAAAAUGGUGAAUUAUUCCUAUGAUGAAGAUCUCGAAGAACUGUGUCCAGUCUGUGGAGAUAAAGUCUCUGGAUAUCACUAUGGACUCCUUACCUGUGAAAGCUGCAAGGGAUUCUUUAAGCGGACAGUCCAGAACAACAAAAGGUACACUUGCAUAGAAAAUCAAAGCUGCCAGAUUGACAAAACUCAAAGGAAGCGUUGUCCGUAUUGUCGGUUUCAGAAAUGUCUAAGUGUCGGGAUGAAGUUGGAAGCUGUGAGGGCUGACCGAAUGCGUGGGGGUCGAAACAAGUUUGGACCAAUGUACAAGAGAGACAGGGCACUGAAGCAGCAGAAGAAAGCUCUUAUUCGAGCAAAUGGACUCAAGUUGGAAGCCAUGACUCAGGUAAUCCAAGCGAUGCCCACUGACCUAACCAUCUCUUCGGCCAUCCAGAAUAUACAUUCUGCCUCCAAAGGCCUACCUCUCAACCAUACAGCCUUGCCUCCUGCAGACUAUGACCGGAGUCCCUUUGUCACUUCUCCUAUUAGCAUGGCCAUGCCACCACAUGGCAGCCUCCAAGGUUACCAGCCCUACGGUCACUUUCCAAGCCGUGCUAUCAAGUCUGAGUACCCUGAUCCUUACACUAGCUCCCCAGAGUCCAUCAUGGGCUAUUCUUACAUGGAUGGUUACCAUCAGACAAGCUCACCAGCAAGUAUUCCUCAUUUGAUCUUGGAACUCUUGAAGUGUGAGCCAGAUGAGCCGCAGGUCCAGGGAAAGAUCAUGGCAUACUUGCAGCAAGAACAAGCCAACCGAAGCAAGCAUGAAAAGCUCAAUACCUUUGGGCUGAUGUGUAAAAUGGCUGACCAAACCCUCUUCUCAAUUGUCGAAUGGGCCAGGAGUAGCAUUUUCUUCAGAGAACUUAAGGUUGAUGACCAAAUGAAGCUCCUUCAGAACUGCUGGAGUGAACUAUUAAUUCUAGAUCAUAUUUAUCGACAAGUGGUACAUGGAAAAGAAGGAUCCAUCCUUCUAGUCACUGGGCAACAAGUGGAUUACUCAGUAAUUGCAUCUCAAGCUGGAGCCACCCUCAACAACUUAAUGAGCCAUGCACAGGAGCUGGUAGCAAAACUACGAUCCCUGCAGUUUGAUCUACGAGAGUUCGUGUGUCUCAAAUUCCUGGUGCUAUUCAGUUUAGAUGUCAAAAACCUAGAAAACUUCCAGCUGGUGGAAGGUGUGCAAGAACAAGUGAACGCUGCUUUGCUGGACUAUACAAUGUGCAACUAUCCACAGCAGACAGACAAAUUUGGGCAGCUUCUCCUGCGACUCCCGGAAAUACGGGGCAUCAGUAUGCAAGCGGAAGAAUACCUCUACUACAAACACCUGAACGGGGAUGUGCCGUGUAAUAACCUCCUCAUUGAAAUGCUGCAUGCAAAGAGAGCAUAAAUUAUAUCCUUUUACACAGCUUCUGUUUUUGAGACAAGAAAGGGGGGGAUUACUCUGGACUGCUCCAAGCAAUACUAAUUAAAAGAACUUGGUUGAAAGGAACUUUGCAAAAACAAAGAUUGCAAAAAUUAAAAUGGUAUCAGAAUCAAAUACUUAAUAGCAAAUAAGUGAUGUAUCAGGGUAUUUGUAUUGCAAAACUGUGAAUCAAACACUACAGAGACUCCCCGAAGGAACAUAAAUGGGACUUUGAUCAUCGGAGUGGAAGGAGGUUAUGAACAGAUGCGGAUACCACUGACAAUGUCAGAUGAAAUGAAACAGGACUGAACUCAUGAUUCUUGUAAGUUAAAACAUUGUCAGUUACCACUAUGGAGAAAUGUAGGAUCAAAUCUUAUCUGUAUUACUCAAAAGGGACUUAUAUGAGUUACAUCCCUUCACUGGCUACCAGGACUGAAAACUCUUCCAGAGGAUGCAGAAUGGCAGUCUUCCUUUGCCAUCCUUCCAAGGACUGAAUUCUUAUUUCUCCAAAACAGAAAGAGUGACACCAAUCUGUAUUAAAGAUCUGGCAUUGGUCACUUUCAUAGUAUGUAUAUCUAGUAGCACCACCAAAACAAACAAAUAAAGGCUGGGUUGUUGGGUUUUGUUUUGUUUUUUUGUUCUCUUCUGGGGUUUUUAUUUUUUUGGACUAUCUGACUCGGGCCUUCAAAUAUCAUUAAUAUGGGGGGUGGGAUCUGGUCAUAGGUUUAGCGUGAUAUUCUAAUGUGUCCAAAGUUUGGUUUUUGCCAUUGUAUUCAUGUCAUUCGGGCAGGUAGUAUCCCUCUUCCAGCAAAGGAAGGAAGAAUGGCUACAAGAAUUGAAAUUAAGCUGAUCCAAAGCACCCAUCAGUGGACCAUUUUUCCAACGCACAUUGCUGGAAUGGCUUCUGAAAGCUUUUAGUGCCAAAUAAGUUUGUGGAUACUACUCAGUUUCUUGGGCAUCAUCUUGAACUAAAUCAGUAUUUCCUCAUAGGGAUUUCAAGUGGUAGCAUUUCUUGACCUGGCAUAUUUGACCUGCAACCAAGUUAAAGGGAAUUACUUGGAAUUUUAUUCAUAUGACCUCAAAUUGUGCUCUGAUAAACCUUCUGUUUUGUGACUUCCUCCACAUCCCAUAAGUAUCUGUGUAUAAGCAUAAAGGACAUAAAAUGCCUAUCAACUGAAGUUGACUUCUGAAUUGGCAUAGACGUAUUCAGUACAUCACCCACAAAGUCAAAUAAAAGACAUUGGUACGAGUUGAUAUGAGGAUGGCAUUGUGGGAAAAUUCAAAUUAGCACCUUAAAGCCCAAAAUGAGUGAGCUGUUCUUGGACACUAGUUCUCAUCAUCUUGGUCAGCAUAGCUAGAAGUGAGGAACGAUGGGAGUUACAGUCCAAAAGUAUCUAAAGUCCACCAGGGCAAGUUCCCAUGCUAACAUUCACUGCCAGAGCUUUUUGUUGUCAUGAGCUGGCCAAGAUCAUCAAAAGCAACCUGAAAUAAACUGUCAUGAGGAUCCACUCAUGACUUAUCAAAUUCAACUCCAACUCUACCUACAUUAAACCAAAUUGAAUUCUAGCUAUACCAAGGCAGAGACUCAAGACUGGUCUGCUUCAUACAGCCUUUGGUCCUUAAAAUCAAGUGGACUCUCUGAUAGUUUUAAGAGUUUUAAUAAAAUAUUGUUUUAAUCUAUCUUAAAAGAGUAUGACCUCAAUUUUGUUGGGGAAUUACGAUUGCAAAACGCCAUAGUUAUUAUGCUAUGUUUCAAUUUUCCCAGUCACCAUAUACCAGGCAACAGUGAUGCAAUCGAUGGGAGUCUGUUCCCGUGUCACUGAAGAAGUGGUUGGCUGAUGUUCCCAGCCCUUCCAUCAAUAAUAGCUGUUGUUAUAGGCAAAAGCAGGACCCCUAUCAUAUAUCUUCUCAUGCAGGUGGAGAAUGGGAUGGUCAGGCUGCUGCUUCCUGAUUGACAACUAAAGAGAUCCCAGUAAGUAGGUCUUUGGAGUACUUUCAUAUUCUCUAUGUAUCCCCUAAACUAUGGGCUACAUAAAGAUUGCGAAUAUUAAAAAGUCACAAGCAUUUAAAUAUAGGUUUCUCAUUCAUAAUUGCCCAACAUGAUUCUGGCCAGGUUUUUUUCUUGAUUUCAUUAACCACAAAAGCCCUAGAAGACUCUGUGGUAACAAAUAUAUGCUAAAAUUAAAAUUUUAAAUAAACAAAGUGCCAUUUAUUUAUGUCUUCAUUCUACUAGGAUCUGUGAGAUUGGUGAAACAGACAUUUAAAGGGUCUAUCAUACAUACCCUGAUCUGGCCCAAGGAGGAAAAUACUCCCAUUUUUGAAAAUGUGACAACCUUCAGAGUUACAUCUCAGCUGUGCAAGAGAAAAGAUGUAAUGCAUUUUCCGGUCAUACAUUCCCUAGUGCCAAUGUAAAAACCAUCUUUACUCCAACAGAAGCCUUCUCUUUGCCCAGCACCUGAGAUCCAAGUAGUUCUACUUUAACUAACUUCUGGGUCAAACUAUAGGUAGCUAAAAACAUUAGACAAAAUGCUUUUACCUAUGCAAAAGAAAAAGAAAUCAAAAUGUAUAAGCUGAUGAAAUCACGCUAUCUGUUUAGUAUUACUGCUAGCUUGAAGAACAAUCCAUGUUUUAGACAGCCAUUGGAAUCAAAGAACACAAUUUAAAGCAAACAAUUCCAAAGCAAAAAUCUUUUAUUUGAGGACAGGAGUGUAACCCUGCCAUGUCAAUGCAGACCAAAGUCUGCUGCAGAACAAAUAUUGAAAAAGGACAAAUAACAAACUCUUUAUCCAAAAUGAAGUUAUCAGUAUUAUAAAAUGUAGUGCCACAGUGAUGAAAAGCUUUGCCUUAUUUCAGAAUUCUGAAUGGUAACUGUACAGAUGUGGAUCAACACAUUUGGGGUGGGAAAAGUAUUAAUACUUUGCUUUUUUUCCGAAAAGAAAAAAGAUUGUCAUGUUUACAUUUGUUCCUAAGGAGGGCAUGGGGAACUCUGAUCAUAUUGAAAAGCCGUGAUUUCCUUAAUGUUGCUUUCUGAUUGGUAAUUUGUUUUACCAGUACUUAAUUACUGUAUGUCGUGAGACACUAAAAUCAAAAAAGGGAAUCUCAUUUACACUUUAAUUGUUUUGUUUUUAUUUCUAGAUUAUUGGCUGCACAAUCAUUUGUAGAAACUGUAUAGAACCUCUGCUCCCUUAGCUUUGUUUGUCUGGAUUUUGUUUUGUUUUCAUGAAGAUUGCUGGCUUUUAAAUAGUUUAUUUAUAUUGUAUAUCACCGUUUUCAUUGUAGACAAUUAUGAUGCUAAUUUAUUGUUCCUUGGUUUCAUCUUUAUAUUAAAAAUAUAGCCAGAAUAAUAAAAAAGCCAAAUAUAUGUGUUUAUUACAGCAUGUCUCCAAGUUAUACUUCAUAGUUCAGGGACAUUCAAAAGGUCUUUACAGUUUAAGAUCAUUUGCUUGUUUAAAUGUCUGUAAAUCUUCAUAAUCCUAAAUAUAGUUUAUUUAAAAUCUAUUGUAAAUUUUGUGAUUUGCACCUUCCAUUGUUUCAUGUGAACCCGGGAAGGCGCCCUGUUAUGCGAACGUUCUUUUCUAAGCUGUGGACAUUGUAUACCAAAGACAACAUGUAUUUCUUUUGUAUAGAACUAAGUAUUUUAUCACUAUGUUAAUUUGGUCCAAUGUUGUUUUUACAUGUGGAUCAAGGCAAGUUGUGAUGUUGGAGGCAGGAUGGAGAAAGAGAGAGCUUCUAAAAAGAGGUAUUUCCCUGACCACUAAUAGGCCCUGUUACCAAUAGGUUUGCUCAAAGGUGUAGUUGGAGAUGAGAGAGCACUGCCCUUUGAAAAUAGGGAUUCUGCCCUUCCCAAUGAAUUCUUCUACCACCCCAUUUUUUAAAACGGUACUAUUUCAUUAUCCAGAUGAAGGCUAAAAGGGGGUGGGGGGGGGGGUAAAGCCAUUUCCCCCUGUUUUCCUGUUAUUCCCCCUACCCAUGUCACCAUCAUGGAAACAACUGUCGUUUAUGAAAUGUGAAGUGGGGAGGUGGAAUAAUCAGUGAAAAUGGGGAAAAUUAUUUUCCUACUUCAAUGCCUCACCCCAUAAAAUUGACUAUCCUUCUCUGUCUAGUGUCCCCUUUUAGCCUCCACCUGGAUAAUGGUACAGUACCUUUUAAACAUUUCAGUAACUUAAAAUUUUAGUUGUGCUUUUGGAAAUACACUUUAGACAUCCAAAGAAAAGGAGCUAGCAAAGUGUUCAAGGCUUUGCGUACACAGCAAAUGCGCAUGAACAAUCUUCAGUGCCUCACUUUCUGCAAAGCUAGAAGUUUGCAGUUGAAAGGAAAUUUUCAUUGGGGGCAGAAUUCUUAUUUGGAAGGGCAAGGUCAUCAUCCCCAUAGAAACACCUCUGCAUUUACUCUUCCUUGAUUGGAGAGGAGAAAGAAAUCCAGUUACUUUUAGACUAAGAUGUGAACGGAAACUCAGUCAUCCAUCAAGAAUUGCAUUUCUCCAAAAUGGCAUCAUCAAGUUCUCCAACCAAAAAUGCAUAAAAUAUGCAUGCAUUCGUAAAAGUUUCACAUAAAAUGCAUAUAUCAGUGAAAACAUUGUUCAAAAAUGAAUUACACCACAAAUGGCUUGCGAAAAUUCACGUACUGAGGAAAAAUAGAUACAAAAAAUGUAUGGGUUUUCAUGAUUAUUUUUAUUUAGAUUUCUUUUUAAAAUUGCAUCACUCACAGUGCAAGAAACUGAAGAAUGGGAAGUUUCUCAAAUUUCAGGAUAAUGUCAACUUAAGAACUGAAAACAGAGCAACCAAGAGAAAACCAAAUUGACAUUUUUUGCACCUCUCGCCUGUGGUUUGUUCAGGCCACACAGUUAUAGCAUUGUAUCCCAUCUUACCUGCCAUGGCAACAUCCUAUGGAAUCUUGGAUUUUGCAGUUUAUGGAAAGCAUUUAGAAUUUCUAAGCCGGAGAACUCCAUCACACUACAAAUCCCAGCCAUGGCAGUUAAUGUGGAAUCAUAACACUUUUUAUUGUGGAACUGUCAUUGUCACCAAUACCCUAAAAGUACUAAACUGAGUAGAUGAAGCAGCAUUUGCAUCAGUCUUGAGACAAUGGCUUCUAAGGCCACUUGUAACUCAAAAAGCUGCCAUCUAUAAAACAGAUUCUUAGUUCUAUCAUUUGCAUUAUCAGUAAUAAUAGGGUUACCAAACAAUAGGCAACUUUUAGAUGUUUUUAACACCAUAUACCAUCAGUUUUGUCUUUAAAAAUAUUUCACCCUAUAUAUACAAUACAGUUUUAUAUAAGUUAGAAAACAAGUUGGCAUCAGUGGCAAUUAAAAGUAACUAUGACAUUCACCUGUCUACAUUUUGUAAACCCCUUGACUUUUUUGUUCUUUCGAAACAUUUCACUGAAAGCACAAUAACUAGCAAAGCACAGUUCUCUUUAGAUAAAACCAGUUUAUUAAGGUAAGGGUGCUAAAGGCAAAGAACCAUGAGUAGAAAUGGCAGGAGAUAUAGUAGCCAAUACCUGUGGAUUCCAGAAAUCCUUCCAGUUUUCCCAAUUUGCAAAAUGAAUGUUAAUUGCUAACCACUUUGUAAUCAGACAUUUACUUACAAUUGCUUUAUUGAUUACAUAUGAGUAAAAGCAGACUAAAAUACAACGGUUUUGGCUUUGGCUGGUUUCUUAUCGUUGUUCGGUGUUUGUAACCAGACAAACUGUAGUGUCUGAAUAUUUGUAAUGACAACUAUAUUCUGCAGCUGCCUGGCUUUUGAAUCCAUGCAACUCUUUUAGAAUGUGCAGUUACUUGUUAAAAGGUCUCUUACUGUAUCUGUGAAGUUCAUGUUGUUUCAUGUCGGUUCUUGCCAGGAAUUUUCUCAACACCAAUGGAUUUUUAUUUCCAGUAUUUCAAUAAAUAUUGAUGUGGCCAUUCCAAUCAUUUUAAAAUUGUUUUUAUGAUAACUUCACUGUUUAAAAAAAAAUGUUGAAAACCUCAAUAAUGAUUGACUCAAUUCUUCGGCUGAAAGCAGAAAGAACAUUGAUGCAGAGAAAGAUAUCUCCACUUCAAUGUCUGAAUCCGCUUGUUCCAAAGUUUUACAAUGAGAUUUAAUACAGAAAAUCUUUAGAUAUGAUGUGAAAUGGGGAGUUUCAUGGGCAGAACAACAAAGUGUAUCCAUAGUACAGAGUUGUAGCACUUUGAUACCACUUUAACAGUUAAGGGUGCAUCACGUGGAAACCUGAGAUUUAUAUUUGCAUGAGGUUGUUAGAAUUUGCUGUCAGCAAGGGCCAUAGCAAUGAAAGAGAUAUUAAACUUACAAUUAUUCCAUGUGAUUGACUCAUCCACACAUGUGUUCACACACACACACCCCCAAGAAUCCAGUAGAACUAGAUAGAUAGGUCCAUUCAACAUGUAUACACAGUACAUUGCAUUUAGCCCCUAAUGAGUACACCAGUGGCACUGCAUACAGAUGAUCCCAAUCUGCAUCCUUGGCUUCUUCCAGUGAAAAAGUUUGUGGCUAUGGGAGACUUGCAGAGUCAAAUCCAUGUUGUGACUUUGCCCCAUCUAAUUGUACAUUUUGGCCAGUAACAACCCAAGAGAUGCAGUAUCAAUGGCAACCCCCUCUCCCAAUUUUCAAAGUCAAUGAGCGUAGCAUCCCAAAAUCACAGUGGCACGGCUCUAUGAUGCAUUUCCACCAGAGAACUUAGAGAUUCCAACAGAAAAGAUAUUAACCAGAUUCGUGAAUAAUCAAAUUUGCAAAAGUGAAAACCUAAAGUGUGGAGGGCUGACUCCUCCCAAAUUGCUUCAGGACAUUGGAUAGCCUAUUUAAAGAACCGUAUAUACUCAUGUAGUCUCUUGCCAUCCAUUUUGUUAGUCGACAUGUCCAUUGGUUGUCUUUUGUUUGUGGAUACCAAGAGACCACAUGCAGCCCUUAGGCAGACCUUGUAUUUGAAGGGAUGAACCAAAGGUUAUUUGGCCAGAAAUUGAAAUGAGAAGGACAGGAUCAUAUAUUUUGGCAAAUGGUAGAUUUGCGUGAAGCCCAAAGAAUUGGAUCAGUGACAAGUUGGAUAGGAUAGUAUAUACUCAUGUAUAAGUUGACCUUGUGUAUAAUUGGAUAGGAUAGGAUAGGAUAUACUCAUGUAUAAGUUGACCUCAAGUUGACAGCAGGUUUGGGACAAUAUUAUGGAUUUUGAUAUGACCCAUCCACAAGUGGGGGGUCAUUCCAUGGAGGGGUGAAAGCACCAGUGCUACUUCAAAAGAUCUCUGGAAAUUGACUAAGCUCUUGCCAUGCACUAUUCAGAGAGGAGAUGGGUCCUUUUGGAUAGGAGGUAAAGUACAGUACUCACAGGGUUGUUGUGUGUUUUCCGCCAUGUUUUCCGCCAGAAGUAGUCUCUCCUGACAUUUCACCCACAUCUAUGGCAGGCAUCCUCAGAGGUUGUGAGGCAUAUACCUCACAACCUCUGAGGAUGCCUGCCAUAGAUGUGGGCGAAACGUCAGGAGAGAAUAUUUCUGGAACAUGGCCAUACAGCCUGGAAAACACACAACAACCCUGUCAUUCUGGCCAUUAAAGCCUUCGACAAUACAGUACUCACAGUUAACCAUGGAUAAGUCUACCCAAAAAUUUAAUUCAUUUUCUAGACUUAUACAUGAAUAUAUAUAGGGUAGAUUCACUACACACUGAUGUGGCAAUCUCCAGCAAUUCCUGUCAAGUCGUUUUUGCAUCUAAAGCAGAAUUGCCGCCAUAAUGCAAUACAGAAUUAAUGUCACUCCCUCAUUCGCUCUCUGAGAUAGCCACAUCACCCUACCUAACAGUAGGGCUGGCUCUAAUUUUGUCAUGUCAAGAUGAACCUCAUUUACCAUCCUUGGACUGCAAGUUGGAAAGCAUUUUAUAAAGAGCAGUGAACAAGGGAAGUGACAGUGUUAACAAAGCCUGAACUGAUGGUGAUUUAUUUAUUAAUUUAAAGGAGCUGUUAAUUUGUAGCUGUCAUACAAUGUACCCAGUAUGUACAGAUUAUGGAAAUAAAACACUACAAUGUUGACAAAACA